AGACAGCCACAACUCAUAAUGGUCAUUUAAGCAAUCUCCCGCAAAAGUCCGUCGUUUAGUCGAUAAUAAUAUUCUUUCUGCUCCAAAACCCAAUUCAAUUAUCGAGAAAAAAAAAAAAAAACACCUCUUUAAAACUAGACAUUUUGCCUCAACAUCUCUCUACCAACUUUCACUUGCAAAUUAAUUAUCCAUCCAUGGAAAGUGUAUCAUCUUCUCAGUUAAAGCAGACCCUUUUCCUUUUCUUUGCUAUUUAUCUCAUAUUUUCUUCUGUUCAAGCUACUGAUGUCAGAUACUGUGAUAAGAAAGGCAACUAUGCUGUAAAGGUUAAGAGAGUUGACAUAUCUCCUGAUCCUGUGUUAUCUGGAAAUCCAGCCACCUUUAAUAUCUCAGCUUCUACUGGUCAACAAAUUGCUGGCGGGAAGGUUGUGAUUGCUGUUUCUUUCUUUUCAGUGCCUGUGCAUGCUGAAACCCGCGAUCUUUGUGAGGAGAUGUCGUGCCCAAUUGCACCUGGCAGCUUUGUGCUAUCUCACACCCAAACUUUACCUGGAUUUGCUCCACCAUCGUUCUUGCAGGGCUCUUACACGCUUAAGAUGACAAUGAUCGAUGAAAACAAUAAGCAACUGAGUUGCAUUAGCUUCAGUUUCAAAAUUCGUUUGGUUACUCUGGUUUCCGAUAAUUGAGUGGCAGUGUAAUACCCUACUCUGGUUUGUAAGCCAUUGAAUGAGGAUCACAUUGUUGAUUUCUUAGUUCUUUGUGCUUCUUUUAGUUUUCUCUGGACAUGACUAUUAGGCCAAAGUGAUUGUGAAUGUUGUGUCAAAUUGUUGCCUCGAUGUGUCAUGUGUUGUAUGCUACUGUAAACGUAUUUAUGCUAUCCUUAUAGUUUUCUUGUUUGUGGAUA